CUUCCGUUCAAGAUGCGUUCAUACGCGUGCAUCUUGGAGUCUUGGGACCUCCCGCCCAGCCGCCGCCGUAUAUAUAUACAGUAGAUAGCAGAAAGCAAUGUCCACCCGGCAUGCAGGUCCAUGGAUGUCCAGGGUGCCGCAAACCCUGAAAGAACUGGGCGAGCCCGUCAUUGUCAUUGAGCAUUUGUCCAAAACCUACACCAUCCCCGGCACAGACGAGCAAGUGCACGCUUUGCACGACAUCCACCUCGCGCCCGAUUCAGAGUUCUACCCAAUACGUCGCGGGGAGUUUGUGAUUUUGCGAGGACCGAGUGGCGGCGGGAAGACGACGCUGUUGAAUAUACUGGGGACCAUCGAUAAUGCGUCUAAUGGGACUGUCGAACUUCUAGGCGACGAAAUCUCCGACACAUCGACGGACGCCUGGCUUUCGAACCUGCGUCUGCAGCGCAUCGGGUUCGUGUUUCAGACCUUCAAUCUGCUCGGCACCAUGUCGGCGUACGAGAACGUUGAGCUGCCCAUGACGAUUCGCGGGAAAUUGGGACAUAGGGAGAGGAAGGAGAGGGCGCUCAUGUUGUUGGAAACCGUAGGCCUACAAGACCGCAUCGCCCAUCUCCCCUCCGAGCUAUCUGGGGGCGAGCAGCAGCGUGUAACCAUAGCCCGCGCCCUAGCAAACGACCCCGACAUCCUCCUCCUCGACGAACCCACAGGCGACCUCGACACUUCCAACACGAUAGAUAUCAUGAACCUGCUGCUGUAUAUCAAUAAGGAGAAGAGGACGACGUGUGUUAUGGUUACCCACAACCCGGAUGUGGAAUGCUACGCCGACCGGCUGCUGUAUUUAGAGGAUGGCCGGUUCGUUAAGCAGGCGAUUAACAAGGUGCAAACACCGCUAGUGCUCGAGGAUUACCAAGAGUAUCUCCGCAAAAAGGAUGAAUGAGGGGGAAGGUCUACCUCCUAUCAUUCCACGCGGAAGGGCCAGGUGGGGAGCGAAACCUAGUCCUACUCACUGUAAAGUAUAAAAGUCGGAACGGACGGAUAGUUAAGGCGUCGCAGGAGGACAUAGAGGGCUUAGAGAGGAUCCAUUUUUUGGAGAAGAAUGUCUUGUAUGGGAAGUGCGGAAUUCGCAGAAUACAUGGUACAAGUUCUUGGGAACAUCACAGAGUCCGGGAUGGAAUAUAAGUCUAUGGAAAGCGCCGA